GGAAAAAUGGAGCAGAAAGAGUGAAAGUUAUGUAGCCGCGUGCGUACGUAGAAAGGGGGAGGUCGAGUGAAUAUGUACGUAAUUUAUUGCUCGGUCCUGAACUGUGAACAAGAGGAGAGUUAACACGGAUUGAAUCAAUUAUAGCCCCGUUUUGGAGUGAACGGGCAAACCGACGGAACGAGCAACUUCCGGACUUGGUUAAUCCACAUAAACCAGUAUACGAAUUUCUGUUAAGAAUUCCCUUUGACCUCCUCGUAGUCCUGCGUCGCUACGUUUGCGAUGUAGACGCGAAGAUGAGGAGCCUGUGGCAACAAGUCCCGCGACCUAGAAGAGAGCAAGCGAUGCUAGAAACAGAAAAGUUUGAGUCUGAUUGACGACAUCCGAAGAUCACGAAGCGGCGCGCUCAACUUGGAAUGCUUAUACCGGCGGUAUCGGGCGCGUGGGGCUGGGGAUUCUUUGCUUUUUUCUUGUUCAUUCUCGCCAUCCCCAGUCCUGCUGCUAUCCGCAGAGUGGAUCGAGAUCACUGUAACAAAACGGUGGACAUUUCCGAUGAUGUAUCGAGUCCGGCUGUGACCUCGGCGAACUGGGGAAAACCACUCUCCUGCUGGUACCGUUUCAAAGGCUUUCGCGGGACCCCGCGAGAUUGGAUUCUGCGAGUGCGUUUCAAAAAGUUCAAAGUUGGCGUACUGGAAAAUGCCACUACUUGUUCCGGGGGAUAUUUACAGAUCGUGGAUGGAAAUACAAGAACAGAAGUGAGUAAUCGCAAGGACCCGGGUGUCUACUGCGGCGAGUCGGAGCAACCACAAACAUUCAUAUCCGAGACGAGUUUCGUCCGUGUGAUAUUCCACGCGGACAACUUCACCGAUCAGACGUAUUUCAGUUUCGACUCGCGGUCGGAACAACAGUUCGAGGUUUACUUAAGAUUCGGUCCGCACCCGGAACUCUAUCCGAAUCGAAGAGGCGAGAUCGUGCCCGGUAGCUAUUGCGAGCGGGUCUUCAGAGAUUGCAGGCUGCAGACGUGUUACGUGCAGAGCCCGGCGUACCCGGGCAUUUACCCGCGCGCGUUGCACUGCAAAUACCGGCUUAACACCAGACUGCCUUUCAUAAAAUUGUACAUCGAGAACGAGGAGUUCAACAUCGACGGGCAGAGAUGCGAGAACAUAAUGACUUGCCCUAUGAGACCAAUAAGUUCUGGCUCGGAACAUUGCCCGUACGACUACUUACGCGUGUACGACGGCAAAGACGAAAAUAGUCCGACGAUCGGCACCUUCUGCGGGAUGGGCAAAUUCCCAUACAGCAUAAUCGGCACUAGCGAAGAUCUGUACGUGGAGUUCGUCUCGUCGCCAGCGGGGCCACUUCUAAACACCGGUUUUCACUUCAACGUUGGAAAUUCGCCGGGACGCGUGGAAACAGCCGGCGUCCGUAACGGCAGUUGCAAUUGGCUGCUGAACAGCGAGUCGUUACACAACGGCACCGAGGGAAUGUUCCUCUCGGUCGCGCAUUGGUACCCACCGCACACUAGCUGUACUUACCUUCUAAAGGGUCGACCUGGAGAAAUAGCAAGACUUUACUUUCCCAGUUUCCGUGUGAAUCGCAUCGAGUCGCCCAUACAAUCGUACGACGGCGACUGUGGCGAAAGCCUGACUCUCUAUGACGCCGACUGGCCCGAUGACGCGAAGAUCAUUAAAACCUUCUGCGACACGUUCAGUAAACCGAUGGAGAAGCACGAUUUUGUAUCAAGUUCGAACGCUUUGUUCGUGAAAUUCGAAAGCAAAACCGGUAGCUAUUCCGGUAGUUCGUUGUACUACUGGGCGCAUUACGAUUUCUUCAACGCGACCAGAUUCGGCGAGCCUGUGAUCGGAACGGAAUGCGACGAGACGUUCGCCUCUUGGAGAGAGCACGCCGGUCGAUUUCGAUCGCCGUUGAACAGCCUCGUUUACAAGCGACCCGGUAACCCACCGGCUGAUCUUUCUUGCACGUAUACCUUCAUCACGGACAAGCGAUUAUACGCACGAGUGAUACUGAUCGUGGACUCCGUGUCUUUUAAAGAACACCCGUACUCCCAGUGCGGUCAUUGUUGGGACAGCCGAGUCGAUCGAUUAAUCGUUAGAGAGCCGCCAGCCUCUGACGUCGCCGAUCAAUAUCCGCAGCAGCAGCCGUACAACCAGCACCAGCAGCAACAACGUCAACAUAAAAAAAGAAGUAUCGGAAAAGGUCACUGCAUCUGUCGAUCGACGGUAGCCAAUGGAUCGAACGAAGGCCAACCGGUGCUUCGCGUGGUUUCACAGGGCGAAAAGCUGGAAUUGAAACUCCUGAUGGACGGUGCGCACGCUACAGCAAGGUACUUCAAGCAAUCAGCGCCGUUGUUCGAGGCGAGAUACGAAUUCGCUCACAGUCCCUUAUGCGGUCCAGCGAUACUGCCAGCUACGAUCGACGGCGAGAUUGAAUUUCCUCACUACGAAGCGAUCGGAUAUGUCGCGCCGCCAAGAUCGAUAAAAUGUAUCUGGGAGAUACGUGUGAACCGAGACAGAGACGUCUGGCUACACUUCGACAAGAUAAAAUUCGCCUCGAGAUCCUGCGAGGACGGGAAAUUGGAGAUAUUUUUGCCCGGGAAGAUUGAACCGUUCCUCGGUAUAUGUGGCGAGAACGUGAGUUCCGUCAGAGAGAUGCCGGUCAUAUCGGCGAGUCAGAUCUCUCCGCAUACUCGAAACGGGGAUCACGAUUCUACUCAUUACGUGGAUCCUAUGCAGACGCAUUUGCAGCAACCAGUACCACCGCCUUUUUCAACGGAUCAACAACACGAAGAACUCGAGUGGCCAACGGUGACGAUUCAGUUUACCGGGACGAUGGCACCCGCGAGAGCCGCGUUUAAGAUCGCCUGGACGGAAUUGUAUCAUUUGCCUCGGGACGGUUCCGGCGGGUUGAACACUCAGAAGCUGGAGGAAUUCUGCGGAUUUCAAUGCCCCGGCGAUACAGGUUGCAUACCCGCGAGACUCGUGUGCAACGGAGUUGUCAAUUGCCCCGUUCCGGAAAUAUCGGUGUACAAAAACAUGCACAAUGGUACCGAUUUGCUUGCGACAACUGGGGAACCUAACGACGAAUCCCUCGAGACUUGCGGCUCGGACCCCGCCGGUAAACGCGGCGACGUUUCCGGUUCCGGAUCCGGCGUCAGAGGGCUAGCCAAUGUAGUCGGCAACGCCGGAUGGGCUGGCGCCGGUUUAGGCGCGGCCCUCGCCAUUCUCGUCGGUCUCGCCUGCUUGAUAACAGUUUGUAAAAUUUGCAGGCGGCGCACCGUCUCUAGAGACAUUCACGUACCCUAUUGACACGAACAUGAUUACAAAACACGGAUACGAGUACAAAUACCAAACCUGUCGGAGGAUCCCCUUCUUCUGUUCUCCUUUCUGUUCCUCGAGUUCGUUUAGCUAUCUACGUGGGACGUGAACACUAAGAUCGAUGCUCGACGUUCGUAUCAAACCGAGCGUGAGCCUUUAAAAGGAAUUUUAUCGCUCCAUUCGGUUCGCUCAUGCCAAUGAGCAGGAAAGAUGAAACAACGGUAAUUAGGUGGAUGACUGAUUAAAUAGGUAGAGUUAUCAGAUAGCUGAAGUGAUAUAUAUAUUAUACAUAAAAUUGAAAUGAAACUAAAAUAUCGGAUAGCAAAGAAUAGAUCUUCCGAUAUACCGUAACCCGGGGUUUCUUUGCCCCUGCAAUUGAUUUAUUUUCCAUCACAAUGUAAAGAGAGUAGGUUCCAUUUCUAUUCAAAAUUUGUUAAAAAGAGGUAGAUAUUAAAAAUUCUCACCUCAUGGAGAAUUUUUCAGGUGAGGUAACACCAAUCUACCGUGAUCAAACAUAACAUUUAAUUAAAACGAGUAUUUUCUUUUCUUUUGGAGAUAACUGCGAACACGAAUCUUUUUGCAUUCGCGCAUAGUAAACGCGUAUAUGUACACAUAUAAGUAGGUUCGACAAGGUUUCAUUCAUACAGUUCUGUUCACGGAAACAUCGUUGAUUCCCUGUAUCGAUAUUCAUCUAAUUUUUUGCACAAUUGUACUCGCGUUAAUCACACAUUGAUAAAGAGUGCCUGCGAAUGUUUAGCCCGCGCGUGAUUACAGACGAUAUACAAUUCAUCCCUUUAGAGGAUAUACAAUAUUGCGCGCGUUAUUUCUCGAGGAUAUGCCAAACAAAUUUGUAUAUAUUCGAGGACGGGGAACGUGUCUCACAGUGUAGCCUCGGGAUAAUAAUAAUAAUAAUAAUAAUAAUAAUAAUAAUAA